AUGUCUGUAUUUGGCCAAACCGUGACUACCGUAAAGUCGCUUGAACAUUCAGCCAUUAGUGUUGACCCCAAACGUAUUUUAUCUGCCAUUGACGAAAAAAUCUACGCCGGUUUCGUGGAACAUUUGGGUAGAUGUAUAUACGGAGGAUUGGUCGACUACUCCGAAAACCCCAAAUGUAAGGUCAAUGAAUUGGGAUACAGACAAGAUGUUUCUCAAGCCAUCAAAGAUCUCAACAUGCCGGUUGUAAGAUGGCCCGGGGGAAACUUUGUUUCAUCCUACCACUGGAUCGAUGGGGUUGGUCCUAAAGAGGACCGUCCCAGACGACCUGAAUUGGCCUGGAAAGGUGAGGAAAGUAAUGAGUUUGGUACUAAUGAGUUCAUGGAGUGGUGUCGCUAUAUGGACGUUGAGCCCUACUUCUGUCUCAACAUGGGCACUGGAACCUUAGAUGAAGCUCUUGGUUGGGUCGAAUAUUGUAACUCAAGUGCCAACACAUACUACGCCAACUUGAGACGCAAGCAUGGUCAUCCAGAGCCUUAUAACAUCAAGUACUGGGGUCUUGGAAAUGAAGUCUGGGGUCCAUGGCAAGUGGGCCAAAUGAGCCAGGAAGAAUAUUCCACCAAAGCGGCUGAAUGGGCUAAGGCCAUCAAGCUUUUGGAUCCCAACGUUCAGUUGGUGUCUUGUGGGUGCACUGGUAUCGACAACUGGGACCACUACGUGUUGGACAAGUUGAUCAACUGGGUUGACUUUCACUCUAUUCACAUGUAUACCGCCAACGAUGACUUUCUCAAGAAUGUCACUGCUCCAGUAGCGGCCGAAGCUGCUAUUCAGGUCACCAAGGGUCUCAUUGAUCUUGCAACCACUCUGAACCCUCGGGUAUUCAAUGGACUCACUGCGCUCAACGGAGAGAAGAAAAAGGUCAAGAUCUGUUUUGAUGAGUGGAACGUCUGGGACCCAGAGAGAGCAGACGGGGUCGAGGGAGCUGAAGAAAGGUACACUCUCAGUGAUGCCAUUGCUGUUGCUUCCUGGUUAAAUAUUUUUGUCAGACAGAGUGAAAGUUUGGGUAUGUGCAACAUUGCGCAGGUGGUGAACGUUAUUGCACCCAUUAUGACCAACGAAUCCACGAUGUUUUUGCAGACUACCUACCAUCCCUUCCGGUUGUUUUCCAACUACAUGAGGGGAAACGCCUUGAACUUGCACGUUGAAACCACCAUGUACGAAGGUGAAGCUGGAAACAAUAGUGGCCAAAACACUUGGAUUAAGGGCAAUUAUGGGGUUCCGUUAUUGGACGCUUCUGCCGUUCAAAAUGGUGACAAGACUUACAUUGCUGUGGUUAAUAGAUGCGAUAAGGAAAAUGCUCAUACCAAGAUUUCCUUUACUUCCAAGGUGUCCAAAGUCCACAAAUGGUUACUUUACGACGAUGAUGUCUUCGCGUAUAACAGUUUUGAGGAACCCGAAAAAAUCUCUGUGAAGGAAUCUGAUGUCGAAUUUUCUCAGGAUAUUAAUAAUGCCAUUCCAUUUACCUUUGCUAAGCAUUCUUUCACUUUAUUAGAAAUCAGCUACUAAAUAUGGCUAUAGAUACAUUCUCAUUAUUU